AUGCCCACUGUCGUACAUUGGUUUCGCUUAGAUUUAAGAUUGCAUGACAAUCUUGCACUAAGAAAUGCAAUCAACGAAGCGGAAAAUCGUAAACAUAUUUUAAGACCAGUAUAUUUCUUGAAUCCUGACAAUAUACAUAAUAUAGGUAGUAAUAGGUUGCGGUUUCUUAUACAAAGCUUACAAGAUUUAGAUGCCAACUUACGUAAACUUAACACCCGCCUGUAUAUAAUAAAGGGUACAGCUAUUAAUUGCUUACCAAAACUGUUUCAAAAGUGGCAAGUCAAAUUCUUGACAGUGCAAGUUGAUAUUGACCCUGGCCUUGUAGAACAAGAUGAAGCUAUUGAGAAAAUUGCUGAAGAAAAUGAUAUUUUUAUAGUCAAAAGGGUUCAACACACAGUCUAUGAUGUCCAUAGUGUUCUAAAAAAGAAUAAUGGUAGUGUACCAUUGACCUACCAAAAAUUUCUUUCAUUGGUACAGGAUAUGCAAGUUAAAGAAACAAUAGAUAUUAAUAAGCAAAUAUCGGAGUGCUGUAGGGCUGAAGAUUAUAAUUCUGAGGAAUAUGAUGUGCCAACAUUAGAAGAAAUUGGUGUUGAUGUGUCAACUUUAUCUGAAUGUAAGUAUCCAGGAGGGGAAACUGAAGCUUUAAAAAGACUUAAUGUGUAUAUGUCAAGAAAGCAGUGGGUUUGUAAAUUUGAAAAACCAAAUUCAUCACCAAACAGUAUUGAACCUAGCACUACGGUCUUAAGUCCUUACAUAAGUCAUGGUUGCCUUUCAUCAAAAUUGUUUUAUCACAAACUUAAAGAGGUUGAAAGUGGAAUGCUUCACACACAACCACCUGUCUCACUUUUAGGACAAUUGAUGUGGAGAGAAUUUUAUUACACAGCAGGUGCAGGUACUGAAAACUUUGAUAGAAUGGUUGGUAAUAAAAUUUGUACACAAAUACCUUGGGGUGAAAAUACUGAACACCUAAAAGCUUGGGCUGAAGGGAGGACAGGCUAUCCUUUUGUAGAUGCUAUUAUGCGUUAG